GGGUGCUAACAUGACGAAAUGACGAAACUAAAUUGAGACGACAGAUAACGCUGAAAUAAAUGUCUAAAGCACUAUCUAUAAUUCUCAUAUAUUGGUGGAUUGUGAGUUUGUGUGCGCGCACAAAACGCUUGUGACUCGUGCGCGUAAAACGUGUUUCACGUACACAUUUUCUUUUCUUACUCAAGUUUAUAAUUGAAUAUAAAUAAAAUAAAAUAUAUUUCGAACUUUAACUUCAGUUAAUAAAAUACUACUACAUAUUUUUCUUUGUAAUACUACAAAUAAAUUUAAUUAAUAUGGCUAACCAUGUGCAAGUGAAAAAUGGCAUAGAAAAUUCAAGACAGUUUUUCAAUUUAAAAGAAAUGUCCCACAUAGUGAAAGUAUUGGACCAAAAUCAGAAAGUUCAUUCUGAUAUUCUUCAAGCAAUUGGUAAUACUCCUCUAGUUAAACUUACCAAUAUACCCAAACAAGAGGGCAUCAAAUGUGAUAUGUAUGCCAAAUGUGAAUUCCUGAACCCAGGUGGUUCUGUGAAGGACCGCAUAGCAAACAGGAUGAUUGUAGACGCUGAAAAGAAGGGUCUAUUAGUAGCAGGCAAAUCUGUUAUUAUUGAGCCUACCUCUGGAAACACAGGCAUUGGCCUUGCUCUUGCUGCUGCUGUUAGAGGCUACAGGUGUAUAAUAGUAUUACCGGAAAAAAUGUCUGAUGAGAAAGUCAACACACUUAUUGCGUUGGGUGCCGAGAUCAUCAGAACGCCGACAGAGGCAGCCUGGGACUCGCCAGAUAGUAACAUAAUGGUAGCGCGUCGUCUCGCUAAAGAAAUACCAGACGCUGUACUAUUAGAUCAGUAUAACAAUCCUUGCAACCCUCUGGCACAUUACGACGGUACUGCAGAAGAGAUCCUCUGGUCUUUGGAUGAUGACAUUGAUAUGGUGGUAAUUGGAGCGGGUACCAGCGGCACCAUCUCGGGUAUUGGACAUAAAAUAAAAGAGCGUUGUCCCAAAUGCAUCGUAGUCGGCGUGGACCCUUAUGGUUCAAUUCUGGCUCAGCCUGAAGACUUGAAUAAGACUGAUGUUCAAAUAUAUGAGGUGGAGGGCAUCGGUUACGAUUUCCUACCGAAUGUCCUCGAUCGAACUGUAAUUGACAAAUGGAUCAAAACUGAAGACAAAGCUUCGUUAAACAUGGCGCGCAGAUUGAUAAAGGAAGAAGGAUUGCUUUGCGGUGGAAGCAGUGGCUCGGCUAUGUGGGGCGCUAUUCAAGCAGCGAAAACUUUAAAGGAAGGCCAAAAAUGCGUCGUACUACUUCCUGACAAUAUUCGUAAUUACAUGACUAAAUUUAUUUCGGAUCAAUGGAUGGAAGUACGGGAUUUCAAGCCUACAGUCAAAAGGAAUUUACAAUGGUGGGAAAACCCUCUAAGGAAAGAUAUAGUUCAGCCAAUCCAAACCAUACAACACACGAGCACGCCGGCGGAGGCGUUGUCAAUGCUACGUAAAUCGAACGCUCCCGUGUUAGCUAUCGUUGAUGACAAAGGUUGCAUUACCGGCGUAUUUACUGCCGACAACGCCCGUAAGAGAAUAGCCAACUUGAUGGGAUCCACGGCGGAACCUUUACAAAACUUCAGUAUCAAAAAGUAUUACAAAGUUGACGUCGCUGACAAACCUACUCUUGGAUUAAUAUCUAGAAUAUUGGACAUUGCGCCUUUUAUUGUUGUCACUCAAUCAGAUCUGCUACAUAAUGAAAAGCCGUUAGGUGUGGUGACGGCGGAUGAUCUGUUGUUGGGCAUCACAGCAGGACAAGCGAAUGGCAAUUAAAAUAGAGAAAUAUUUAGUUUAAAUUGAGAAUUUAAGUUUUAUUGUGGUGAAAUGAUUUUAGCAAUAACACAAUUAUAGGGCAUGGAUCUGCAUUUCUUUAAAUAUGCAUUUAAUUUGUAAGUGGGUAGAUUUAACGUUGCCCAUAUCUUUUAUUUAUAAACUUAUAAAAACAUAUUAAAAAGUUUUAUGAUACACAUUUUCAAA